AUGUGGACCCUGGCCUGGCUGGGCAUGGCCAGUCUGUGCCUGGGCACAGCUUGGGCUGUCCCAGCCAAGGAGAGGAGGAAGGUGGAGAAGCCAAAAGCUGACCUGGCACUCUAUGAAGAUCUGGAUCUGGACAACUAUGACCUGACGUUGGACAACUAUGGAGAAAUCCUUGACCUGAGCAACUAUGAGGAGCUCUAUGACUACGGUGACCUUGCUCCGAAGAUCGAGGUUGGCACCUUGGCUCCUCGCCCCAAGGACCCUGAAGCUCUCCCAAACCUGAGUGCCACGGCUGAACCCCCAAAACUGCAGCCUCCAACCACCUCUGGUCCCAUCCAGCCAGCACCCAUCCCUGUGCAGGGGCUGCCCAGCUGCCUGCUCUGCCUGUGCAUUGGCACCUCUGUCUACUGCGACGACGCCGACCUGGAGCACAUCCCACCACUGCCCCCAGACACCACCUACCUCUACGCUCGUUUUAACCGCAUCGACACCGUCCGCGCCGGAGACUUCUCGGGGCUGAAGAAGCUGAAGAGGAUAGACCUGAGCAGCAAUUCCAUCUCUCGGGCAGAUGUGGAUGCAUUCCGGGGGCUGCAGAGCCUGCAGGAGCUGCUGCUGCCCGAGAACAGGCUGACGGCGCUGCCCGAGCUGCCGCGCCUGGAUUUUAUCCCCGCGCCCCUGCCCGAGAGCCUGCGCUCCCUGCACCUCCAGAACAACAACAUCCAGACCAUGCACGAGGACACGUUCUGCGACAGCCACGACCACGGCCAGAUCCGCAGGGCGCUGGAGGACAUCCGCCUGGAUGGGAACCCCAUCAACCUCAGCCUCUUCCCCAACGCCUACUUCUGCCUGCCUCGCCUGCCCACGGGGCGUUUCCUCUGA